CAUCUUUCUUGGCGCUGCCAUUGCUGCCGUACUCUGACAGUCCAUGCAUUGACGCAUCGAUUCAGAAGGUGAGCCCCAGCGACGGCUCCGGAAGAAGGGAUUGGCUGCAGCUGAUUUGGGAGGCCCAGUCGGGGAGAGCAGGGAGGAGGAGCAUCGAUGAUAUUCCUCCCGUCCCAUAGCCAACGGGAGUGUCAGCGCACCCAGCGGCGGCACAUCUUGCGGCAGCAAUUGACGUAUCGGACCAGGCGGCUGUGUAGCUGGGUGUCCAUGUUGAACGGAGACACCGAUGGUUGCCCUUCAAGCACCAACAAAUUGGAAAUUCCAAGCCCUGCUGAGAUUACGAGCAGAGUGGAAAGGGAAUCAACACCAUCACGCCAAAACAUUGGAGGAGCAAUCCAAGAGCUAAAAACUACAGUGAUCUCACUAUUCACCAAGUAUUGUUAUUUUCUAUACCUACGUCCUAAUCAGGCCCUAGCAGAGCUUGAACCUUCUUCAGCAAAUAAGGGUCACCGAGUUCUUAUAGUCAGUCACUGGACCCCAAUGGUUGAUAUCCUUCAAUGGACACUGGAAGUAAUAUGAGCUACAGAUAUGCGUCUCAAUGGGGGGUUAUUUCUUUCCUCAACAAGCUACAGUACAGUAGCAAAGGAAACUUGAAUACUACACCACAACUCUUAGGCCUGCCAAAAUAUAAGGAUGAUCACGUGGUCAUGAGCGGAACUGGAUGUACCCCGUAAGGAUGGAGGCGAGAUGAGGCAAACCUCUCCGACAAGGCCCCGGAACCGCCACCAUCCCAGUUAAACAGCACCGACAAUUUGGAGUGGACCCCCACCGCCAUAGAGCCUCCUUUUGCACAGGAGGUAGUAGACCUCCGCCGAGGGCAACAAUUGUGGCCUCUUCCAGAGCCGGAGCGGCCCAUGGAGUCGAUGUCAUGGUCGCCCCAGAGCCGAAUCCAUCGCCGAGGCCAUAGAGUAGGAGCUACUGUCGCCGAGGUCAUGUCUGAACCUAAACCUGAACUUUCUAUGGCUGGUAAGAUGUCUUUCCUAAAUCUUCCAGCAGCCGGUGAUCGUUGUCCUCUCGUUUCUAUUCAGCUGCUGAUUG